GAGAUCAGGACGCCAUCCAAUAUAUGUGCAGAGAGGCACCAAAAGCAGUCAUUGAGCUUGAGAAUUAUGGAUUACCAUUUUCCCGAACGGAGGAUGGAAAAAUAUACCAACGUGCAUUUGGUGGUCAAAGCUUGAACUUUGGAAAAGGCGGACAGGCAUACCGUUGUGCAUGUGCUGCUGAUCGAACUGGACAUGCUUUAUUGCACACUCUCUAUGGCCAGGCCAUGAGACAUAAUACACAAUUUUUUGUGGAAUAUUUUGCAUUGGAUCUUUUAAUGAAUAGUGAUGGUAGUUGCCAAGGAGUGGUCGCAUUGAAUUUGGAGGAUGGAACAUUACACCGGUUCCAAGCAGCUUCAACAAUUUUGGCCACAGGAGGUUAUGGUAGAGCAUACUUUUCUGCGACCUCAGCACAUACAUGCACAGGAGAUGGCAAUGCCAUGGUUGCACGUGCGGGGCUUCCGCUCCAGGAUUUGGAGUUUGUGCAAUUUCACCCAACGGGUAUAUAUGGAGCUGGUUGCCUAAUCACAGAAGGUUCCCGUGGAGAAGGGGGAAUUCUUAGGAAUAGUGAAGGUGAGCGAUUCAUGGAACGUUAUGCUCCUACUGCAAAGGAUCUUGCAUCAAGAGAUGUUGUUUCUAGGUCAAUGACUAUGGAGAUACGAGAAGGCCGUGGUGUAGGACCUCUGAAAGAUCACAUCUAUCUACACUUAAAUCUGCCCCCUGAUGUGCUCAAGGAAAGGCUUCCUGGUAUCUCUGAAACUGCUGCUAUAUUUGCUGGUGUGGAUGUUACAAAGGAACCCAUUCCGGUUUUGCCGACUGUGCUAAACAUGGGCGGUAUUCCCACAAACCAUUAUGGAGAGGUGGUUACCAUUCAAGGUGAUAAUCCAGAUGCGGUAGUACCAGGUCUGAUGGCUGCUGGGGAAGCAGCCUGUGCGUCAGUCCAUGGUGCCAAUAGGCUUGGUGCAAAUUCACUUCUGGACAUUGUUGUUUUUGGUAGAGCUUGUGCAAAUAGGGUUGCAGAGAUCCAAAGGCCAGGAGCAAAACAGAAGCCUUUGGAGAAGGACGCUGGUCAAAAAACAAUUGCAUGGCUGGAUAAAUUGAGAAACUCAAACGGUUCAUUACCAACUUCAAACAUUCGACUAAAUAUGCAGCGAGUAAUGCAAAACAAUGCUGCUGUGUUCCGUACACAGGAAACAUUAGCAGAAGGUUGUGAAUUAAUUGAUAAAGCAUGGGAGAGUUUCCAUGAUGUAAGGUUGAAGGACCGGAGUCUGAUAUGGAAUACAGACUUAACUGAAACGAUUGAGUUGGAAAACCUUUUGAUAAAUGCUUGCAUCACCAUGCGCUCAGCUGAGGCUAGGAAAGAGAGUAGAGGAGCACAUGCCCGCGAGGACUUUACAAAAAGAGAUGAUGAGAAUUGGAUGAAGCACACAUUAGGAUACUGGGAGAAUGAGAAGGUCCGCCUAGAUUACCGGCCGGUGCACAUGAAUACAUUGGAUGAUGAGGUGGAAUCAUUCCCUCCUAAAGCUCGUGUGUAUUAAUAUACUCAUUAAACUAUCGUGUAUGGCUUGUGCGGAAUCUCUCUGUCGAAUGGGUUCUGCUAGCAAGAGCAGGCAAUAAAGUGUUGUAGAUGGUAGUUUUGACGAUAAACUGUAGCGUUCAUCAUCAAGGUUUAAUUGAUCUAUAUCAAGGCAUAGUCAAUGAGAAGGCGAGAAACGAGUACAUUGUAUCUGCAUCACACAAUAAUCGCAAUACAAUUGAAAGAAUUGUAUUUCAGGCGAAUCAAAGAGAGGUGUAUGGCUUUUGAAUGUUCUUUUCUUCUCUUCUUAUUCAAGUGAAGCAAGCAUACCCCGCGAUUUUCAACUUGAA